CGCGAUAGUUGAGUACUUGUUUAGAAUUCCCGAAAGAUGGCGGCGCCUCCAGAUGAGGCUAGCCUGCAGUCUCGCAUCAACAAGGCCACCAACCCCCUGAAUAAGGAGACUGACUGGGACUGUAUCAAGGGUUUUUGUGAUCAGCUCAACAAUGAACCAGAAGGUCCCCAGCUUGCAACCAGACUUCUGGCCCACAAAAUCCAGUCUCCUCAGGAGUGGGAGGCUAUGCAGGCGCUUAUGGUUCUUGAGACGUGCAUGAAGAACUGCGGAAAGAGGUUUCACAAUGAAGUGGGAAAAUUCCGCUUUCUUAAUGAGCUCAUAAAGGUGGUCUCACCCAAGUACUUGGGUACUCGGGCUCCAGAGCCAGUGAAGAAGAAGGUUUUGGAAAUGAUGUUCAGUUGGACAGUGAGAAUGCCAGAAGAGACCAAGAUAGCGGACGCCUAUCAGAUGCUGAAAAAACAGGGCAUUGUCAAGCAGGAUCCUGUGCUUCCUGAUGACAAGCCCCUCCCGCCACCUCCACCCAGAACCACAAGUGCCAUCUUUGAGGAUGAGGAGAAAUCCAAAAUGCUUUCUCGCUUAUUGAACAGCACUCAACCUGAAGAUCUAAGAGCAGCAAACAAGCUAAUUAAGGAAAUGGUUCAGGAGGACCAAAAGCGAGUGGAGAAAGUAUCAAAGCGGGUGAAUGCCAUCCAGGAGGUGAAGGAGAGCGUGAGCCUGCUGAGCCAGCUGCUAGAAGGCUACAGCAGAGAGAGCUGCUCCCAGAGCAACCAGGAGCUUAUUAAGGAUCUUUACCAGCGCUGUGAAAAGAUGAGGCCUACACUAUUCCGAUUAGCUAGUGAUACAGAGGAUAACGAUGAAGCCUUAGCGGAUAUCUUACAGGCCAAUGACAGUUUGACGCAGGUCAUCAACCUGUACAGACAGCUGGUAAAGGGGGAGGAGGUGACAAGUGAUGGCAUAACCAUGUCCUCACAACAAGGCAGCAGUAGUUCAGCACUUGUUGACCUGGCAGGGCUUAACGCAUCAGCCAACACAGCACCGUCCAAUCCAGAGCCCUCCAGCCUACAGAUCCUGACUCAGAAUAUGGGCAUCAGCCUCUUGGAUGAUGAACUCAUGUCACUGGGACUGAAUGUAACUGAAAACUGUGAUCCUCAGAACACUUUCCAGUCCUCUGAGGGCACAGAAUCAUACACUUCAUCAGUCUCAGCCACAGUGUUGCUGCCGGCUAUGGCCCAAACUCUGCAGGCCCCACCAGUAGGGGGACCCACAGCUGCUCCCAAAGCCAUGGAUGAGCUAGACUUGCUGGGGAAGACGUUGUUACAGCAGUCCCUCCCUCCAGAGAGCCAGCAGGUCAAAUGGGAUAAACUCCAACCUCAGUCAAGAGUCCCCUUACGAGAUCUCCAGACAAAGUCCAGCACCAAUUCUAGACCUGCUGCUACUCCAUCCACAUCCUCCUCCGGGCCGACAUCCAGCCUGGCUGCGCAUUAUGAACAGCCUGACUCUCUCCUCUCCAAUCCCGGUCUCACAGCUGCUGAGAAAUGCUCGUUACCUGCUGCUGACCUCCACAACAACAUCUCUCUAGCUGACGUUACAGUGCCUCUGGAAUUAAUCAAACCAAGUAGCUUGUUACCAGUGACUGUAUUUGACAAACACAGCCUCCGGGUUUUGUUCACGUUUGCCCGUGACUGUCCACCAUCACGGCCUGACAUUCUGGUUGUUAUCAUCUCCAUGCUGUCCUCAGCCCCCAUUCCUGUCACCAACAUCCGCUUUCAGGCAGCUGUACCCAAGGUGAUGAAAGUGAAGCUGCAGCCUCCCUCUACUACUGAGCUUCCAGCCUUUAACCCCAUCCUGCCUCCAGCCACCAUCACACAGAUUCUGCUAUUGGCUAACCCUCAUAAGGAAAAAGUGCGUUUGCGAUACAAGAUCACGUUCAACCUUGGGGACAAAUCUCAUGAUGAAUCUGGUGAUGUGGACCAGUUCCCACCUCCAAACACCUGGGGGAACCUUUAAUGAGGAGGAACCACCCUCCCGUCAUCUGAUCUGCUGCUUCCUUUUAGAUUUAGGUUGAAGUUGUCCGUUAUCGCUGGCUGAGGCAAGACGGCCUCAUGACACUUCAGUGGUUUCAUACUCUGGCUUGGUGAUACAAACUGACAUGAGACCAGUUGUGGGAAACGGCUUCUACCUUGUGCCUUCCUGUCCUUAUCUGAUCAUCUCCAUGUUCCUGUGUUUUGUAGCUACCUUUUCUUCUUCCAGCCAGUCCAACGUGGUGAUAUAAAGCAAACUGGCAAAAACAUUGAUUCAUUGCAGUGACUUUUGGGAAAACAGGUUGAGCCUUUUAGAAACCGAAUGUGUGCAUUUGGCUGAUUUACAUACUGUUUAACAUUCUUCUUAAAUGUCUUAUGUGGAUUACAUUUAGAAGACAUAAUUUCUGUUUUUACAAUCACUCAAACAAAAGCAAGUGUCAUAUGCACACAGAGUCGUAUACAACAGCCAAAAACCCAAUGUGUUUAAUUUAGGAGAUGCAAUAGACGGUAUUUUACUUGAUUAAUCUGUAUUGAAAGUCAUUUCCUAUCACAUGAUAAUCAGUUUCAGAGCUGCUGUUCAAGAAAGAGGUGCAACAGUGAAUUUAACAGUUAAAUGGUAUCAUGCUUAACUUACUAGCAAACCAGUUAAAUGUACUGUGAUUUAGUCAAACACAGAUCUGCAUAAGGAAAUGAUGAAUCUAAAUGUAUUCAUGAGAAUCAAAUUGGCGUAUCUAAGGAGCCGACCAACAUAACGAUUUGGUUUUAUCACUUGUGUUUUGGCAUAAUUCCAGUUGUGUUGUGUGUGUCUAAGAUGUGACAUUAGGGCUUUUUCACAGCAGAUGUUUUGAUUUGUCAUAGAGGGAAAAGCACAGGUGUCACUAAUAACAUUAACGAACGCUCUGUUCUAUUAAUUAAGCUGUAACAGCGUGACAGUGAGGCAGCAUGUACUACUCCAGGACUCUGAUACUGAAGCAGCUUAAUGGAAUUCAGCAUUCAUUAAUUUUAUCAUUGACACCUGUGCUUUUCCUACUAUGAUGUGUCAGAAUGUGUUCAGUAUAAAAGGCAAAUGAAGGAAGGGCACUAAAUCUCUGCCCCUUUACAAAUGCUGAUUUCUUUUUUCUCUUUUGUUUAUUCUUUUUUUUUUUUCAAAAGAUUUGUAACACUUUUCUACAUUAUGUUUCACUCAGGAUUAUGAUUUAUUUUACACAACGUGAACUAUCAUGCACUUAUUUUGUUUAAAUUUUGCACGAGACAUUCCCUUUCAUAGUAUGUUUGUCUUUUCUCAUUUGCUGCCUUUCUGCUGUCGAUUGACCCAAAGAGUGGACCAGAAGUCCUCAGUUGACAUUGCUGACAUCCGAUUUGAUUCUACCACAUGUGCCUGAGAUGAAACUCUUAAUUUCCUUUUGCUUUGUACAUAUACUGUAUGUAAACAAAUGACCUAAUCUUUUUUUUCUGCUUUAAUAUGUUCAUGUCCUUAUCAGAAAAGACUUUGUGAAACAAAUGAUGCAUCAAAUGAUGGAAUAACUGUAAAAAUCCAUGUUCAUUGAGUUAAUCUGGAGCACGGGUCUAUGAUCACUUCUUAAAUUAUACAGACUAAAAUAAAGGAAUUGGAGGCAGACUGA